AUGUACUUCAACACUAUCUUCCCAAUCCUCUGUCUCACUUCCUCAAUCACCUGUUUCACGAUCCCCACCGGCAACAGCGAUGAUGCAAAAAAACCCCAGGAUAGGGUUAAAGCUGGUAGCUGGCCUAUUAUUUCCGGUCCCGGCCCCGUUCUUAUCGAUGCCGCACAAUUCCCUCCGCUCAACCCUUUGCGCAAAGGUAGAAAGAACCGUCGAGCUCUUGGGCCGAAAAGCGAGCCCAUGCCGGAUACACUUGGUGUUCACCCAGAGCAAGUAGCUCAAUGGAUGAAAGAACUCGACGAAAUUCUUUCCGGAGAGUCUGGUGUGACCAAAAGGUCCGCGAUCGACGGCUCGCCUGCUCAGAGACGCAGCGAUGUCAAAAACCCCGGGUUGGAGAAACUUAAGAGACGAUAUGACACAGAAAUGGCCAAUGCCUGGUUCAAUGUUGGUGGAGGGUCUCACAACGAUUACCGACUUAUCUUCGAUCCUUCUCGUUCUGGGUUUGUUGAGGAUAUCGAUUGGGGUAGUCCAGGAGGAGAUGUCUCUCUUGACAUGCCAGCUAAUCAAAAAAGGGAUGGAGUUGACUUGGUCCCAAAAGUCCCCCGUUCACCUAUUGUCGAUAAAAGGUCUCAAGCCCUUGCUGAGAUCCUGGCCGCCCUUUAUGAUCAAGAAGAUCCUAAGAAAUUUGAUGCUGGCAACCAAAAGUCCCUCGGCCGUCGUGCCCCGAUUGGUGCCGUAUCAACCCCGGCAGACGCAAAGCCAGUCCAAGACGAAGUCAUCCGUCGUAUCUUCAAAAUUUCUGGAAACAACAAGAACAAGCGAGAUCUUUCGCCGCGGCAGUCAUCCCAAGAGGUGGCACAACAGAUUCUUCAAACCCUCUUCCGAUUCGAAGAUGAUGAGGAGUGGAAAUGGAAUGCACCAAGGGCUUCAGCUCGUAGACGUUGGUCAGAAUUCCCAGAAAUUGAAGAAAUUUCUGAGGGAUCACAACCUGAAAAGCGAGACCACAACAGUGGCCGCGGCAUUUCAACCGAUGAAAUUGACGACCGUAUCAAAACCGAUGCUCGAGACCCCAAUUCAUACGCAUGGCCGGACAUCAGUCUAAAAGUUCGGGAAGCUCUUCCAAAGGAAGCCGACGAAGUCUCACAACGUAUCAUCGUUACCAUCUUCCGCAUGCAAGAGAAUUUCAGACAUAAACGAAGUCUCGUAGAAAUUGAGCAAGUGGUUAAAGAAGUUGGCCUUGAACGACGUGGGUCUAUCGAGUCCAAUAACCAGUCUCCAGAUUCGACCAAGACAACGAGCCAUAUUAAAAGUCUUUUUCAACCUGUGCACUGGUAUAAACAUAAAAGUCGAAGCAUUGUAGAAAUUGAGCAAGAGAUUCGGGUUAGCGUUGAGCCACGUGGGUACAGGCUAGACGCCGGUUGGCUCGCACCUUGGUUCAAUAGAAAUAGUAAUAUCAGAUUACGCUGGCAGUGGUUUAGAGAACAUUUUAAGCACAACCGUCGACGAGAUACUGAUGGUCAAGAUCCUGAGGCAAAGCUUCAACGCCGUACACGCUACAGCAUUCCUCCCAAGCCCCUUCCUCGUCCUACACCCGGUUCUUACGAUAAUAACAAAUGGAAACAAUGGUGUCGACAACAAAGAGUUUGCAUUCUCCCCUGGAACAUUCGAAAACUCCAAAGUUCAAGAGGAAUACUUCGAAGAAUUAUAGAUUCUAUCGAUCGUCAUUCUCAGGAAGAAUCACAGAUGACCAAACGAGAUGUCGCUAGCGACAUGCUCGCAUGGCUUGAAAGCAUCAAUAAAUAUUUCGAAGGAACAAGAAACGGAAUACCCUCAAGCCAUGGCCAACCAACAAUUACUUAUGCCUCAGCAGCACCUGAGGAAAAGGUAGUCGAUGGCCUUAAAUCUGCGGGUAGUGUGGCUCGUAGACAUGUCUCCCGCGACUUGGGGCCGGUCACUUUACCACAGCUUAGCGCUGAGUUUCUGGAAUUAAUUGACAAACUUCGUAAAGAGAAGUAUGGCGAUGACAUACCCGAUUCAAUCGUAUAUCAAGCAGCUUCGGAUAUAAUCAAUGGUGUUUUGAAAAUCUUUGCGCCUCUUAAAAAGCGAGACCUCUUCAACGGUAUCUCUGGAAUCGUGGAUUCUAUCAAACUGGCUCUCCGAUGUAAAACCCCAAUCCAGCCUCCACCUACAACUAUUUUGGAGGCACGGGAGCCCAAGCCUCAAGGAGAUGCAACUCGUAAACUUAGCAAGAGAUAUGACCUGGAAACAUACCCAUGGUGGAGUGGCAGCUCGGAAAAUGACGGAGAAGACAAUAUCUCAACAAAUCCUUGGUCAAAAGGGAACCCAUGUGCUCGACUUAAAAUUGCUGGUGGGUGUGGAGGAAGUUACAAAAGAAGCGUAGGGAAUACUAGGAACAGAGUUGAUAGGCUUCGAAAGAGGAUAACGGAGGAAGAUGAGAAAAAUGUGAGUGAAAAGCAAACAAUCGAUGAUGAUCGGCUGGCCGAGAGAAUCAAAGUCAGAAAGGGCGAGAAAAUAAAUCAUGUACUAACAAUUGCGUCAGCAAACUGGAAAGACCCUGGGUUCUUAAGACUCAACCCGUUCCGGGAUUGGAAGAAGUUCUGGAGGGUAUGA